AUGUCUAUUAUUUCUUCUUUUUUAGCUCCGGUAUUUCUCAGCAUUUUGGCCCAUAGCUCGUACGCAUUAGCCAGUGAAGAUACAGCAGGUAUUCUGCCUCUCGCAUAUACUCCCAAUAAGCCUGUUGCGAUCGUGGCAGGCGCUCUUUACAUGUUGGCCGCGUGCGCCAUGCUGGCGUGGUUUUCGAGACAUAGGGGUUAUUACAUGCUCCCCUUUGUUUUUGGUGCCAUCCUCUAUGGACUUGGACUUUUCCUUAGAAUUCCGUACUCUGACGAUCUUCAUAAUAUGAGCCUGUAUGCGGCCAUGGAUUACCUUAUCCUCAUUUCUAUCUCUUUCUUUUUAUUCGGGGCGUACACCCUUCUCGGUCGACUCGCCGUUCAUUUAGAUGCCGUCGAGCUCCUAGUAAUAAAACCUGACUUGUUGACGAAUCUGUUAAUGGGAUAUCAAUUUGCUGCAUUUCUGCUUACCGCGGUUGGCGGUGGUAUGAAGGCAUCCUCGGCCCUAGACAUCAUCAAAGUCGGCUCCAAGCUUAUUAUUGCUGGCAUACUCGUCCAGUUUGUUGGACUCGCUGUAUAUCUAGGGCUGCUCAUUAAUUUCGUGUACCGGAUAUGGUCACGUCGUAAGGAGCAGUGGAACAACCGUCCUAAUGGGUUCCUGGGAAACUGGCUCGGGGUGGCUGCCAUGACUGGUGUUUGUUGCCAAAACUUGAUGAUCCCGCUUAUAUAUCGAGUAACCGCAAUUGGGCUUGGACGAAAUGGCGCGCUCUCCCGUAAAGAAUACUACUUUUACACAUCGGAAGUAAUGACUCUCUGGGGAGGUGUUCUCGUCAUCUUCUUGAUGGCUUGGCCUCCACGAAUUUUCAGCAGGCCUUGUGCAAAGGGGCAGAUGACCGAGUUGUCUUUGAUUAGUUCGGGUUCAAAGUAG